AUGAUAAGUUACCAUGUGGUAAGUUCUCCUCAUUAUCAGCAACCCUCUUCAGGAAGAAAUGUAGAGGAGGCUUCUUUUAAUUUAGGGAUUGAAGUUGGUGCCAUUCUUCUCCUUGCAAAGAGCAAAUAUGAAUUUGAUAGGACAAUGCAGCUGUGGAUGCAAAUGGACACACUGCUUAAAAAUAUUAUAGACAAAGUGCAAAGGAACGAUGUUGGAUCUAGUUCUCCCAAGAAAGACAAUUGUCUUGCCUAUCCCACAUCAAAUUUUGACGACGGCACAAAGAAUCAUCUUCCUGUUAAAAUUGGAAAGCCAUCUAAAGAUUCAGCAGAGACACAGUUUGCCAUGAAAUGUAAUCAAGAAUCCAAUUUCGGUUCGACAUCCAAGAGUUCGACAAGUGUUGGAAGAGAUGAGAUGGAAGCUGAACUUGAAGCUGAGUUGGAACUUCUGCAACUCAGAUUGGAUGCUGAAAGUUCAGGGCAACAGAGCAUUGAGGUAUGUAAGAUGGUUGUUGAGGACAUUGCACCACUUGCAAGAAGCUUUGAUGCAUGUUCUGUGAAAGAGUAUGACACUCAACAAGCAUACAGCAAGGAGAGCCAUGGAGUUUGUCCUAAUGAACUAGAGAGAAAAUUGCACGAGCUUCUCGAAAGAAGGCAGCAAGAGCAAAUUGCAGAAAUAGAAUCUGCAUUGGAAUGUGCAAAGCGCGAGGUUAGCAAGAAGGAAAUGGAGGUUCGUCAGUGGCAAGGAAAAUGCAUUACCCCUUUUGCAGGACAGACUGGAAGUGAAAUGUUCUCAAGGUGAGAAUCUUCACGACACACUGCCAAUAUUGUCCCACAUGAAAAGUGGCGUGGAUCUUGCACGAUUAAUCCCAUUGGAAUGUGCAUAUGAAGAUCAUCCUCACAUUAAUCUCUACCUCUGUAGCUAGCUUAAUUUGUGGUAGUAGUAAGAAGCUGAUAUCCCAUAUUUGUGUGUACAGUCCUUGUCCACCCUUUAAGAGAUUCUAUUGUAGUCA